AUGGGUCUGGCCGUAGCUGCGUGUCUGAGGCUGCAGGCAGAGCUGGUUUCGAGGGGUCACCCCGGGUCGCUCACCAGCAGCCUGGUCUGUUCUGGGUCAGGUGGCAGCCUGGAGGCUGGGGGGGGUGGUGGUGGGAAGGUGGGGGGCGCAGGAGACCAAGAUGGAGGCACGCCUACAGCACAUGUUCCUAUUGGCUGGCAAAGGAUGCUGGAGGGCGGAGCUGUGGUCUAUAUCAGCCCCAGUGGAGCGGUCCUGUCCUCUGGGGACGAGGUACGGGCGUACCUCCUGACCGAUGGCACCUGCAAGUGUGGUCUGGAGUGCCCCCUGGUCCUGCACAAGAGGUCCCGCCACUACUCCGCCUCCGAGGCCGGCCUGGCGUUCGCCGGCGCGCCCCAGCCCUCCGCCAGGCCCUUCUCUGCCCACUCCCCCACGCCGGGGGGCUCCCCCAAGUUCUCCCUGCUGCCCGCGAGCCCCAAGAGCAGGCUGGAGGGCAUGCUGCAGCAGUACAAGGACAGCGCCGGCCACGACCUCUACCCCCAGCACCAAAGCAACCAAAGCCAGUUCCAGCUGCCUCCCCUCCCCCCCUUCCCUCCCAGCUCGCCUGUGCCGGAGCGGCGGAACGGGCAGCAGGCGUCGGCGGCCAGCCCCGGCCCUGGCGGCUCGGGGCUCCUGGGCCUCCCCGCGGGGCAGCUGCUCCAGCAGCACCAGCACCACGCCGCCUCUUUCCCCGCCAGCAGCCUGCUGUCGGCCGCCGCCAAGGCCCAGCUGGCCAGCCAGAAGAGCCAGGGCCACGCCUACAGCCAGGGCCGAGAGGCCCCGCCCAAGGUACCCAUCAGCACUUUACAGAGCCGCCCGCCUGCCAGCAGGUCCCCCGGCGCCCUGCUGGUCCCCCUCGCCCCGCGGACCCCUCCGGCACCUCCCGACAAGUCUUCCAGGCACAAGCGGCAGCGGAGGUCGCCCACGGUCCUCAGCAUGCUCAAGGAGUCCCACCUGAACAGCCUCCGAGCCGGGGCCGAGCUGCCUCCCUCGCCUGCAGAGAGGGGCCCCCCUCAUCUCCACCCGCCGCCCCCCCCCGCCUCGGAGAACCACCUUCACCACCCGGCGCAGGCCCCGCCCGCCCAGGCCGCUCCCUUCUCCGCCUUCCCCAGGCUGCCGGAGGCCCAGGACCCCCAGAGGAGGAGCGGGACCCUGGGCGCGGCCGCCCCCCAGCCCCUCUCUGCCCUCCUCCAUCUGCUCAGCGUCCAGAGCACCCAAGCGGCCUCCCAGCCUCCGAGCGGCACUGCCGCCUGCGGCCCCGCUCUGUCCCGCACCCCUCCUGCGCCUGCUGGCUUCGGGUCCGGACCGGCCCACUCCCAGAGCCAAGCUGCGUGGCCUGCCCCGGCCACCUGCCAGAGCCAUUCCCAGCAUGCCUCCCAGCUGCACGGCCAGAGCUACCAUCAUCCCCAAUCCCAAUCCCAAUCCCAGCCCGUGAUGCCUGGAUUGGACAGGUCCUCCCCCUCCCCCUCCGCGCAGGCCUUAACUCUGAUGAGCAUCGGAGUGAGCGACUGCGGAAGCCUGGGUUUGUCCCAGGGGGAAGCGGCGAACGUCGGCUCCAAUCCCAACGCCCUCCCCGGCCAGAAUCCCCUCUUCACCCUCCACCCCAACCCCGGCGGGGGGCCGGACGUCGGCAGCCAGCUGCUGGGCCUGUUGGGACACCCCUCUUCGUCCUCCGCGGCGCCCGCGGGGGGACCCUGCUCAGGGACCGGCGGGUCAGUGCCCAGGAUGGGGGCGGGCGAGGCUCUGCCCGCGGGAGCCAGCACGAACGGGGCAGGGGGACAGACUGUACAGGCCUCUCAAGGCUCCCCCGGGAUCAAGACCCCCCCAGCCUCCAGCCCAGGGCCAGGCCUGCUGCCCCUGGCGGAGUCCUUCCCCUUCAUGAGCCAGGAGCAGCUCCUGCAGCUGCUGUCGGCCAGCUCCGGGCUGCCCUCGUUGCUGGGCCCGCCCUUCCUGGGGUCCUUGCCUCUUAGCCUGUGGAUGAGCGGCGGCGGGCAGCAGACCCAGCAGCAGCCACAGCAGCAGCAGCAGCAGCAGCAGCCACAGCAGGGCCUGCUAAACCAGAGCUCCCAGUUGAACUUGCUGCCCUCCAUGCUGGGACCUCAGGGGGAGGUGCCGCUCGGUUUGCUGGGCCUGCUGAAUCCCCCGCCCGCUCCUGGCGAGCAGGGGGACAAGCUGGGACCCCAGGCUCUGCUCACCGCUUCCCUGCUGCUCGGCCAGCACCAGGCCGCCAUGCUUCCUCUGGCGGGAUUGGGCAACCUCAACCUGGAGCUGCUCCUCCAGCAGCAGCAGCUGCCGCCCCUGCAGGACGGCCCCGGCGCGGCCCAGCCCCAGCCCGUGGAGAAAGCCCCCGUCCUGGAGGCCCUGCUGUCCGGCGCCGCCCCCGUGGAGGGGCUCCAGGGCUUGUCUCCCGCCGAAGGCCCCCUGCAGGCCCUGCAGUCUCUGCUGCUCCCCACGCCCCCGCUGGCCCCUGCCUUCCUCUCCCUCAGCCCUGCCCUGCUGGCGGCGGCCCUGGGUGCGGCCGACGCCCAGGCCCUGCCUCCGCACACUCAGGUGACUUCUCCCAGCUCCGCUCUGGCCUCUACCUCGGUGUCCAGCACUUGUACCACGACGGCGUCCAGCUCUGGCGCGGAGGGAGCCGACGCCCUGCUGCCCGGCCCGGGCAAGACCAGCCCCCUGCCUCCCCAGCUGCUCACCCCCCUACUGGGAAACGGGGUGCUGGGUGAUCUAUCGGCUCUGGGUUCCGGCAGCCUGGCUCUCAAUAACCUCCAGGCCAUGCUGGGGGCUGGACCUCUGCUGCUGCCCCCACUGCAGGCUCCGACCCUGGGCAUGCCACUAAUCCAGGGCCAGGCUGCAGGCCUCAACCCCAUGGCCUGCUUGCUCAACAGUCUGCAGCUCAACAUGGGCCCUACUCUUCCUGUGGGGGGUGACAAGCCAAUCAACAGCUCUGGCCAAACAUCAGACAACACUAGCCCCGCCCCUCUGGAAGAAGCUCCAGCCAAUCAGCUAGCCCAGGAUUCCCUAACCAACUCAGGCCAUGCCCUGGGCUCCCAGCAGCGCUCCGGACCAUUGGACCCCUACAGCUCCUUCAUGGAAACCAUCUACACUUCUUUCCUGCAGGUCACUGGGAAGAAGGCCUCGGAUGGGGGCCCCUGUGGGGGGCAGUCAGGGGCCCCGAGUGCCUUACCCCCCUCUCCCAGUCCUUACCCCCAGGUCCCAGGUGAUACCAUGCCACCCCUUCCCCAGAACAGUGGACCCCCCUCCCUGAGCCCCCGACGUGCCUGUACCCUGCGCAACCAGGACCUGUCCCGUUUAGGGAUGGAGGCAGCCCAGUCACCAGCCAGGGGGACCCCCAAGCUGAGUGAGGAUGGCUCCACACCCCCUCCCCCGGGGGCUGCCCACAAGGCCGGUGCCGGCGGGGUCCACUGUGACCCUCCCCUGGGCCCGGCCUUCCCCGCGGCCCUGGAAGAAGCCAAGACGGACUCGUCUGCUUGUCCGUACAGCAACGGCGUGCCCCCGGACUGCGCCGGCGAGAUGGAGGGCGUCUCCGAGGAGAUGUCGGAGAGCCCUCAGGCUCAGGCCAUGUACCCCAACCCAGGAGAAGGCAUGAAUGGGACAGCUCUGUGCCCCAGCACCCAGGAAGGGCACAGUCUGGGACUUGUGGGUGCACAGGAAGUCAUGGGGCAGGCUGUGCGAACAGGGGGUGCCAGGAGAGGCCGAAAGAGGAAGCAAGCGCUGCAGAAGCUGCCCAGUGACCUGAGGGAGGCAGAAAGUGUGAACACAGGCGAUCAUGGGACUAUGGUGGUCCAUCAGAAACCAGAGAGAUCGGUAAAGAGCAAAAGGAGGAGAGUGAUGAGGUAACGUCUUCUGCUGAUCAGAAGUCGACCCCAGGCCCUGGCAUGCCCACAGUGCCCUGCAGCUGGGCCCAUAGGGCAGCCCUUGCCCACAGUUCCUCAGGUUCCUUCCCUGUGCUGCCUGUGCCUCCCUUCUCAUGACCUCCGUGUGGCAGGAUGACGCUGGCUGUACCCAUCCCUCCAGCCCUUCUGUGAUCUCAUCCAGGCUGCUUCAGGGGUAAAAGAAGAUGUUGCUGCUGUUUGAAGAAAAAGCUCCGAGGGUCCCUUUGGUGUGAGGUUUACUUGAAUCCUCUCUUUGCUUGUGCUUUCUGAAACUCCGUAAAAGAGUCCCCUGCUUUCUCCUAAACAUUACCUCCCCAUCUUCUCCACCUCUUUCAACCAAUCUGGUCCUGGGCAACGGGCCCAGUGAGCAGUCCUUUCAUUCCAUCAUGAAUUAAAGCCAUUGAGAGCCUUGCCUCCGUCUGCUGCUCAAAAAGAUAGCUUGAGCCACACCGUUCUAGCGACAUGGAGCACCAUUGUUGAAACAUUGCUUUUCAGGAUGAUGGAGAAGCAGAGGGUGGGGUAGGAGUGGUAGUGAGGAGGAUGUUAAAAAGCCUGCGUAAGGCUGGCAAAGGUCUAAGAGAAAAACCUUAAAAGCAAUUUCAGAGUGAACCCAACAAGCCGCUGGCAUAUGAAUUAAUAAUGCUAAUCCAGUUAUCGGCAAAGCAUCUUGGCACUCCCUUAUACAAAAGAAGUUUUAUUAUUCAGUGUUAUAUUUAAUACUGAUUUUUUUUUUUAAAUAGCACCUGAAGGUUUCAGAAAUGUGUGCUUCAGCUGUUUGUGUUGUAGGUGGUAAGAUGAGAACGGACAAGACCGUGAUGUCUUGGGGUAUCAGAUGGUGGAUGCCAGGGGUCUUGGCCUCAGUUCCUGGAGGGGCCGGUCUUCUGGGUUCUCUUUUGUUCCACCAGCGAUCUUGUCAUACCAUAGGUCAAAUAAUCUAAUUACCUGUAGGACUGUUACGUGUCCAACCUGAUACUUUAUCGAUAACUACUGGUAAAAAAAAAUGCAUCGUUUCCAUAAACAACUGGAAAGGAGUUCUAAGAAAAUUUCUAUACAGGGCUAAGAGAAUGGACUCCUCGGUGUGGGACAAAAGCCUAGGCCUCCCAGAGGCGAGUGUGUGACCCCUAGCAUUGGCUGAUCUGUGCGCCUUGAUGUGGCAUGCAGGCCUGGAACGUAGCAGUUUCUCAAUAGAGUUGUGUGAGCAGGAGAAGUAGAGUAGAUUUAUUCUUGGUGUUUUUUGCCAGAUUUCUAACCCUGAAUUGGACAACUGACUGACGGCGAUUUGGAAAACAGGCAACAGUUACUGUAUUUAAAGAAUGAUAAUAAUAAUAAUAAUAAUAAUAAUAAAGCAAAUUAUGCAAUUUUUACUAUUGGAUUUUUUGUAUAUAUGUACAGAGUUAGCUUUAUCUUUUGGUUUUGUAUACUAUUAAGACACUGCAAUUUUGUCAAUUUUUGAAAUUUGUAAAAUAUUUUUCCCUUUUUUAAUAUUUACAUUUUUUUUGUAAAGAAGAUACUUUUAAAAUUGUGAGCUGUAGCUUUUAUAUGGGAG